AUGGCAGGAAGAAGAAAAGAAUCACUCACGGCAAAAGCAAAAGAAAACAAAGUAGAGCUGGAAGAGCCAGCAACCCCAAGAAAAAGAGCAGCUGCAGCAAGAAAGAAGGAGAGUCCCAGUGAAAACCAAGAGACAGAGCUCAAUGAGUUUGUAGGACAGGAAAUUGUUCUGAGCGAGACAGAAGAAGAGAAAGACCCAGAGACUGAAAAUAACAGCAAUGCAGCAGAGGAAGAAUUAGCUCAAGAAGACUCUCAGAGCAAUUCUUUAGAUGGCUCCAAUGAUAGACCCAAUGACAAUGAAUCCGAGGAGGAAACGGUAUCUACAAGAAAAGCAGCUAAAACAAGAAAAGCUCCAGCUGAUUCAGAACCAAAGCCCGUGAAAAAGAAAGCAUCUGCAGCUGCCGCUAAAACAAAAGCAGAAAAAAGCAAAGAAAUACCAACCCAAGAUGCACAAGAGAAUGCUGUGCUGGAGUACCUUAGAAGAAUCAAUGAGCCCGUGAAUGCUGUGGAGAUAGGCCUGAACUUCCAGACGGGGCCGUAUGCUAUGUCUAGUCUUGCAGCUCGUAAGAUAGUUCUGCAGCUGGUGAGCAAGGGCCUGAUCACAGAGAAGAAGGCAGGCGCAUCAACAAUUUACGUGCCCGUGCACACAGAAGAAGACAACAAUGUAGAAACAGAAGAGCUGGAUAUGAAAAUAAAGGAGAAGGAGGAAGAGAACACAGAAAUAAAAAAAGAGGUGGAAGAGCUGAAAAACAAAAAAAACGAGCUCAACAAAUACCCAUCAGAUCAAAAACUUCUUCUGGAGCUGGAGGAUCUAGAGAUAGAGAUAUCGAUCAAAGAGGAGAGAAUAGCAGAGUUCAAAAAGAUGAACAAGAGCAUAGACCCAAAAGAGAAAGAAAAGAUGCUUAAGGACCUAGAUAAAAAGAUAAAGCUGCAAAAGAAAAUCAGAACAGCGUUCAAACACAUCAUAGGAGACAUAUGCGAAGGAAUGGGCACAAAGCCAUCUGCCCUCAUGGAACAGCUGGGAAUAACAGAGCCCACCAACUGA